AUGGCUCGCCCCCUUCUAUCCAGAAUGCACCGUUUCGUCGAGUUCAUCAAUUCCGGGAAUGAAACCAUAGGAGCAGAAGUUGUUUCCGAAUCCGCCUCCUUCCACGUCCCGUUCUCAGAGAACCCCCUGAAAGGCAUCUCUGGAUACAUGCAAAUCCUCGGCAUGAUGCGCUCCGCUUACCCAGAUAUCCAGUGGACCCUGGACGACACCGUCAUCGAAGACGAUAGAGCUGUGGCGCAGUUUACAAUGCGUGGGACUCACCAGGGCGAAUUCUUUGGUGUUCCGGCUACUGGGAAGAAAAUCCAGGCACGCGCGAUGAACAUCUAUCGGUUCGCAGAUGGGAUGAUUAUAGAGGAGACUGGCUUGCCUGACUUGUUUGGCAUAAUGUUGCAGAUCGGAGCUGUCAAGGCCCCGGGUGCUUGA